UCGACCUUGUUUUUGUUGAUGUUUAACUUGACUGCGGCUGCGCGCGGCAGAAUGUUGUUGCCGUUGGUGACGCGAUUUGUAAAGAAAGAACAAUUGGAUAAAAUAUAAAAAUCGAUUUGUACUGUAGGGGAGUCGCAUAUUUWGCCUCCUCGACCGAAAAACAUUUUAGUAGGUUACAAGCUAAUCUACGCGCGUAGCUAGAGUUUGAGUUUCGGAGGCCRGAGUGGAAGCUAGCUAGUCAACCUCACCCUUAUGUGAUCGUCCUUCCACGUCGCCAGGCGCUGCUAUACUCAGAGCAAGACAACAAAAUAGCUUAUCGCCAUUAUAUGACCCAGUACUUAGCGUCAUUAUUUGGCCUCCAUGUGGGUGAGGGAUUUGUGUGUGUCAGAUUAUGGCGAGAAAAACAGUUAGCAGGAAAAGGAAGGCAGGGGAGUCCAAGGACCAACAACAACAGGUGGCCUGGUGCCAGUCGGCGAGCAAGCGGACGCGUGUGUCCUCCUCGUCCCGGCACGCUCAGCAGUGGUGGCGUAGUCAGUGCUCGGUGGUGUGUGCGCUCCGGGGCCGAGAGUUUCGGCCGCAGCAGCAGCAUGAGUGGCGGCUCCAGCGUAGCCUGCGGGGCUUUGCUGCUGGCCGCCUCCCGGGCAUCCUCAAGGAGCGGGAGUUCUCCCUUGGCCGCCUCAACAAGGUGUUUGCCUCCCAGUGGCUCAACCACCGCCAGGUGGUGUGUGGAACCAAGUGCAAUACGCUAUUUGUGGCAGAUGUUCUGACAGGGCAGAUCACCCGCAUCCCAAUGCUGAAGGACCGACACGGCGGAGGGGSCCCCGGGGGGGUUGCGGGGACAAUAGGGGCCCCCUUCCUCCCUGGUAGUGGCUCAGUGUCUGGGCUGGACCAGCAAGGCUGUGGGAUCCACGCCAUCGAGCUUAACCCCUCCGGCACUCUGUUGGCCACCGGCGGAGACAACCCUAACAGCCUGGCCGUCUACCGGCUGCCUACCCUGGAUCCCGUCUGCGUGGGGGACGAUGGCCAUAAAGAUUGGAUCUUCUCCAUUGCGUGGAUCAGCGACAGAAUGGCUGUGUCAGGGUCCCGGGACGGUUCAAUGGGGCUGUGGGAGGUGUCUGAGGUGGUUCUGAGCCACUCCAUGAGACAGCAGGACGAAGAGGGGGUCCCCUGCUACUCCCACAUCUCCCACCGUGCCCUGGAGGACAUCCCCAAGGAAUACACCAACCCCUACAACUGCAAAGUGCGCGCCCUGGCCUUCAACAACAACCACAAGGAGCUUGGUGCAGUGUCCCUGGAUGGCUAUUUCCACCUUUGGAAGGCAGAGCAAAACUUGAGCAAGCUGCUGUCCACAAAGCUGCCUCACUGCAAAGAGAAUGUGUGUCUGGCAUAUGGUCAGGACUGGUCGGUGUAUGCGGUGGGCUCUCAGGCCCAUGUGUCCUUCCUAGACCCCCGGCAGCCCACUCACAACAUCAAAUCAGUCAGCUCCCGGGAGAGGGGAAGUGAGGCAACACGAGGCAUCCGCUCUGUGAGUUUCUAUGAACACAUAGUGACUGUGGGCACAGGCCAGGGCUCCCUGCUGUUCUAUGACAUCAGAGCCCAGAGGUUCCUGGAGGACCCUUCCAGCCCGGCCGGCGGGUUCCGGCAGCGCCCAGGAGAGGGCAUCCUCAAACUCACCACAGGGAAGGGCUGGCUGAACCACGACGAGACGUGGAGGAGCUACUUCUCGGACAUCAACUCGUUUCCCAACGCCGUGUACACACACUGCUACGACGACUCCGGCACCAAGCUGUUUGUGGCCGGCGGACCUCUGUGCUCGGGCCUUCACGGCAACUACGCAGCCCUCUGGAGCUAGCCUUCCCUUCUCCUCCUCAGUCUCGC